GGUCGGCGGCCACCACGCUACAGACAGCUUGGGUCAUCCUCUUUGCACCUGCUGGCCUUUGGUGUCACACAAAUCAACGUUUGUCAUGAAUGAGCAACAAGCAUGUCGGACUGCGAAAUGUUGUCCAGUUUUCCGCGUAACAAGUUUUUGUUUUUUGUUGCAGCUCAAGGAGAACCUAAAUAUUUAGAAGUGGGAACAACGCUCACCUUGGAGCCAGACGUUUCCACUGUUCAAAAACCAAUCGACAGCAUCAUGUGGAAGUACGGCACCGACUUGGUGGUGGAUUGGGAUCCGAGCGGCCAUACAUACUAUGGGUCAUUCAGAGGACGCACAACGUUGGAUCCACAAACCCUGCGGUUGGUCAUCAAUCGUUUGACCUUGGCUGAUAGCAGACAGUUCUCCUUGGAGGCAAAUCGUGAAACAGUCGGGACUCAUGAGGUUAAAGUCAUCAAGCCCCCUCCGACGCCCAGUAUAAAGACCCAGCCGCUGCUGUGUGAGUUCACUUGUGCUCUGAAGUGUACCGCGGACACCACAGAUCUGGGACCGGUCUCCUACGAAUGGAAGAAAGAUGAAGGAGAGUGGAACAAGGGUGACGCGCUGAAGAAUAUCAGCAGUUCUGAUACCCCUGAGAAGACCGUGGUAAAGUUAGUUUUAUAUUGGACGUUGGAUAUUCGACACAUUCGAAAAUUCUAUUUAGCACUGGCUUCGAUGGACGAAUUUGUGUCAAACCAACUUAGAUGUGUUAAUACAAGGCCUACCUAUGUAAAACAAAGCUUAUUUCUUUAAAAAAAAUAACAAUUGAUUUUCUAAAAAAAUGUAAUGUUAAAAAAGGCUAUAAAUCUAUUAUGCGGCUUGACCU